AUAUCAACCUCGGUCGCCCUCCUGCCCAUCGCCUCGCUUCACAUACGGAUACAGCCUCCAGCCUGCUCGCCAACCUUGACGACCAAAAAGCCAAAAAAAAAAAUCUCCUGCUCUUUACCUCCAUCACACCGCACACCAACUGUCACCAUGCCCGUCUCGCAGGUCGCCGCGCCGUCCUCGCCCAUCCCGAUCCCGUCUCCGCGCCGGAAUCUGGGCCUGAUCACCAGCCAAGAGCUCUUCGCCAGCCUCAACGCGACCCUGGCGUCCAAGACGGACCAGCUCGUCACCCCGAUCCACCACAUCCGGGAGCACGACUACUCCGUCCCGGCCCCGCCGCCACCGAGCCCCGUCAGCUUCCGGGAUCACUGGCCCGUGUCGAUGCGUCGCUGAGCGGGCCGUUUUCCUCUGUUUCCUUUCAGUCACACCCUUUUUUUUUUUUUUUUUUUUUUUUCGUUUCUCCGCAACCAUACCCGGCGUUACGGUGUCAUCGGCAAUCAUCUCUCUCCCUUUCUGAGCUCUUCGACAUUCAUACCACCAUCACACGACACAACACCAUCCGCUUCGCUUCUCAACAAACCUUUUCAUGUACACCACCGCCAAUUUCGACAAUGAAACGACUCAUCCCGUCUCCGACGUUUUCACCUUACACCUUUUAUUACGCCAUCCCCCGCCCCGUUUUCCGGGUAACCGGUCUAUCAGUAUCAUUCAUCUCAUAGAGUCUGGAAUUUGGAGGCUGAAGUUUGGUUGAGGCAUCUCCCAUCAGCGAGCAGCGGUCGGCAAGCGAUGCGAAUUUCUUUUGUGUAUUUAUUUUUCUUGUAAAGGAUCAGGGAAUGGGCCAGGGAGGGAUCAUCUUGGGUUAGAGGCGAUACAUAAAAGUAUCAUAUUUACUCGUUUUUUCUCACCCGAAUGGUUAUGCCUUUGGCUUGUGAAAUCCUCUCCGGGGGCUGGCUGGGAUAGGUGUGUUUGCUUUUGUUGGGUACCUUGCAUGGCUAAGUGCAUGAAUCUGGCGGGUUGCUGCGUCUUCAGCGUCUUACAAGCAGGGGAGGAGUGCGGGAGGAGGUAGCUGGGCUGGAGACUGAGAUGGUUUACGCUCCUCUUGCCGUUGUUCGAAGUUUUGCACGAUCUCUUUCCUUUGGGAGAUAUUCAUGAGGGGGGUACCCUCCUGAGAUGUAUCGAUGCAACGUAGGUUAACUGUAACAACCGAGACUGGCGAAUACGACUCCUCUUAGCAUUGUACCUCUGAGUUUAUCCCUCCAAAUGGCGUGCUGCGCGUGUCUCGGUGCGCAAUCCCUCCGGACACUAACAUCCGAGAUCGCAA